UCCAUUCCUGACACCUGUUCAUGCAAGUGAAGUAUUAUGUACGUUUCUAUCGAUCAAAACGAGGCUUCGUACUAAAAUAUGACCGAUAAUACGUAUCGAGCAGAGGGAAUUACAAAUAAAGGCCUGCUUCUAAUACAAGUCUGCUUCAAAUAAAGGCCCUGAGGAAAUACGGUGUAUACAUAUACAAUCUCAGAGAGUAAUUAAUUGUAAUUAAUUUAAAAAUUGAUUUCUGGUAAUUAUGAGAUAGUAAGUGAUGAUUGUGAGAUACAGAAGUCUUUUUUUUGUCUUUUGUAAAUGCAGUGCGCUUCCGUCAUCGUAGCAACAUUGUUAGGACGGAUGUUUCACGGCCACGUUUCUCUACGGAGAUAAAUAAGGGAUGUACUCCUGCACUUCCUGUUUUGUUUUUCUUUCGCUCCGUGGUCGGGUCGGGUAGAUAUGGAAGAAUUUGCGAGGCGAGGAGAAAACCACAGCCUGCCCGUUAAGAAACGCGCUCUCCUCAGACACCGGUGGACCUUAUAAACCACACAGAAGCAGCGGGCAGCGAUAACGUCCGCAGCCGGGCUUCAGACACCCUCACCCAGCCUCUGGUGUCCGCGACAUGGCACUCAGCUCGGGCGGCUGGGCUCCUCCAGCCCCCGUCCCUGCGCCGUCCCAGCAGGCUGCAUGCGGCGGGCCUGCGCCGACGGCUUGCUGCAGUACUGUUUUGAUGUCAGUCCGGGUUUCGGUCUGCCACUCCGGGAUUCGGCCCCUGUGCCUCCCCGGAGCAGGCAGCGAGACUCUUCGCCUACAGCUCAGCAUGGACCCGAGCCGGGCCGGAGAGUUCAGACUGGCGCUGCGAGACACGAGCGGAAACCGCAGUGUGUUCAUUGCAGAGUUUGACCUGCGCUCGGUGCAGUAUGAGGUCAAGUCCCCUCGCUGCCAUGAGAUGCGUCUUGCUGCUCCGCCCCAAGACUGCAUCCGCUUCAAUUUCCGCUGCGACCGAGAGGCCGAGGAGUGGGCCACGGUGGUGAUGUCGUCACUGAGAGAGGCACACAGGGUUGCAAAUAUCAACACGUGUGAAUCAGACGGCAGACAGGACCACACAGCGGCAGCCGCGGAGCAGUGGAGCUCGGCCUCGCUGCCACUCACCGAGGAGCUGUGCUUGGAGCUCGCCAGGGCGAUUGAGGCGGGCGACGCCCAGGCCGCCUCCCAGCACGCAUCCGCCCUGGCCCGGCAGAAGGCGGUGCUGACGAUUCAACCGUCUGAGAAGAACUACGCCGACGCCGAGAUUAGUUUAUCCGUGGUGGUGGAGGAUGUCUCGUCUUCCUGUUGUGUCACGGUGAAGGUUUUCCCCUACAUGACCGUGGCUGCUCUCAAGCAACAGGUGUUCCUCGAGUACGGCUUCCACCCCCGCGUGCAGCGCUGGGUGAUCGGUCAGUGUUUGUGCACCGAGCCGAGGUCACUGGCGUCCUACGGCGUGCAGAAGGACGGCGACACGGCGUACCUCUACCUGAUCUCCGCCCGGCAAGCCCGCAUCACCCGCCACCUGUUCCAGCAGGACCUGGAGAGCGCCCUCCUCGCCCCGCCCCUCCCGCCGGGCAACGGACCCGCCUCCCAAGAUUGGAGGGGCUACAGCACCCUGCCCUCGAAACUACCCCACAGCAACCAGGGGAACACAGGUGGAGGAAGCGAUAGACCCAGUGAUAUCAAAGAUGUUCUCGACAUAGAGAAUCUGCAACUGAAUGAUCCCACCAACAAAGCCAGUAAAACGCAGACAGAGUGGGCUUGUCCUUCAUGCACUUUCAUCAACAAGCCAUCUCGUCCGGGCUGCGAAAUUUGCGCUACGGCCAGACCCGACACACACAUCCAGCAGGAGAAAGGAAGGCGAGAGGACCGGGGAGAGUCCGGUUUAAGCAGCAGCAGCUGACUGCCCAUCCUCACAGUCUGGUUGCAAUUUCUCACUCACUUACACACACACGCACACGCACGCACGCACGCACACACACACGCACACACACAGGGUGAGGAUUCUACAUCUGCCGCAUAGAUGUUGAACAAAUACUCACAUCAAGACUGUCAAGUGCACUGAGAGUCCUGUGACCGCUGGCUGGCUGCUGAAGACUGGAGCGUUUGAAGCACUGUAGCAUGACAGAGACUCAGACGAUGAACUGCAGCGGCAGCUUCGACCCGUUUAUAUGGACAUGACACGACCAUGACCUACAUCUGAAUUUGGCCUGACCUCUUUAUUUAUUUUAGUGUGUGCGUGUGUGUGUGUGUGUGUGUGUGUGUGUGUGUGUGUGUGUGUGUGUGUGUGUGUGUGUGUGUGUGUGUGUUGCAAACGACACAAACGGCCUAAUAUUUAUUUUAGGGGAGAAAGACAUGAUGUAAGUUCUUUGCAUUUGAUUGUGGCUGAAGUUGAGGGAAUGUCGUACUUUCAGUUUCUGCCAACUGUGAAGCGAGAGGAAAAGUAAAGCCUUGUGCAAUACCCUGUUCUGUUCAAGUGUGUCAUCUGUUGGUGCCAAAAUCAAUGUUGGGAAUUAAAAAAAAAAAAAAAAGCCAUGUGAACAGAGAAG